AUGGAGGACGAUAAGGGCCCGGCCAUCAAGGCAGCCUGCCUUACACUGUGGACGUUGGGAACCGUUUUCGUCUGCCUCCGCCUAUUCACAAGAAAACAUAUCAGAAAAAAUGUACAGGUCGAUGACUACCUGAUUAUUCUAGCUACGGUGAGCGUUUGGAUGGGCGAACGCUGCGACGGCCAUCGUAGCGGUUGCACACGGAAGCGGACACACACCAACACACUCACUCUCGAACAGCAAGGAAACGCCAAGUUCUAUACCAUACUGUCGUUCCCUUUUGGUGUAUUAUCCUUCACGAUUCCGAAGCUCGCCGUGGCCACGCUCCUCACACGACUUUUAAACCCAUCCAGAGUCCACCACGCCUGUCUAUGGGGUUUGGCAUGGCUCUGCCUCAUAUCCGUCAGCAUCUGCAUCAUCAUCUUAUUCACGCAAUGUACCCCGGCAGCUUUCAUGUGGGGUGGCGCACCAGAAGGGAAAUGUAUCAGCCCAUGGGUGCUCAUCGACUUUUCCAUCUAUACAGGAGCGAUCUCGGCCUUUACGGAUCUGUGCCUUGCCAUCUAUCCGGCAGUUAUAUUAUGGGGCCUGCAAAUAAACAUUCGAAAGAAGACAGCCCUUUCUGUUGCCCUCGGCAUCGGAUCGAUCUCCUGCGGCGUCGCCAUAUACAAGUCAACCCGCCUGGAUUCCUUGGCCUCGCCGGAUUUCAUCUAUGAUACUGCAGAUCUGGUCAUUUGGACCGCGGCCGAGGCAACUAGCACAGUCAUAGCCUGCUGCAUCCCGAUUCUGCAACCACUGGUGGAGAUGCUAUUCGGCAGAAGGAUACUCAGUGGCUCCUCAUCCUCCUCCAAAAACUACGAUUAUCACAACGACCGAUGCGGACGACACGGGGGCAUGGAACUUUCCAAAAUCGGACGCUCAGGAAUCCAGCAUACAGUAACAAGCCAUCCUAUUGGCACUCGCUCGGGCGACCCGGACUUGGACUCCCAGGAGAGCAUUCUCCCCAAGGACGGCAAAGGCACCGAUGGACAGAAUCCCAAGAUGCACAGUCGACAUAUCAAGAGAACCGAUGUGAUAACAGUUACAUAUGGCGACAGGGCUACGAUAGACACCGAGCAGAAAGAGCAGAGUGCUACUACAGCAAUGUAG